UAAUAUUUUGAAAAUCAUGGAAUCCAGCAGCACUACAACUCUAACCCUUGAUCUUGAUCAAGUGAGGGAUCACGAGAGAUGCUCAGUGCCCCCUCUAUGCGAGAUAUGGAACUGGGAAGGCGACAAGUCUAUUUUACCUAUAAAAUGGUCAGAAACCCUCAAGAGUACCUUCGGAAUCGAUAUUGAUCACAAAUUUCUGAAGGAAACUUAUGCUGAUAACCCUCAAUUCGACCCUAACGGCUUCUUCUUUGUGACUUAUAGGAGUAACACUAUCGGGAACUGCUUGGUUUUCCCUGAUGAGGACGGGAAAUACUGGAUUCAGUUCCUCACAGCAGAUCAAGCUUAUAGGGACAAACAGUUAGAGGAAGCUCUGAUUGGCCUUGCUAUAGAGUACAUGAAUAGUCAUAAAUCUGAUAUAAAAACCCUCUAUAUUCAUCCAUUCGAUCAAGACCAACAAGAUGUAUUGACAAGUAUGGGAUUUACAGAGUAACACAACUAAUUGAGAAAGAUUCAAU